AUGGACAUCACCAACCACUGCAGCUACACAGUGUGGCCGGGGUUCCUCUCCGGGGCCGCGGCGAGUUCGGCUUCGGCGCUGGACACCACAGGAUUCGAGCUCGUGCCGGGGGAGUCGCGCUCCAUGUCCGUGCCGACGGGGUGGUCCGUUCUCCUCUGGGGCCGUACCCUGUGCUCUACCAACGCCACCACCACGGGCGAGUUCACCCGCGUCACAGGCGACUGCGGCUCCGGCGGCAAGGACUGCGCCGGCAGCGGGCCGUCUCCGCCGGCCACGCUCGCGCAGUUCACGCUCGAUGGAAGCGGCGGGAUGCACUAUUACGGCGUCAGCCUCGUCGACGGUUUCAACCUCCCUGUGCUGGUGGCGCCGCAGGGCGCAGGCCCUGGCAGCAACUGUGUGCUGGCGGGGUGCGGGGUGGACCUGAACGCCGCGUGCCCGGCCGAGCUGCGCGUCACGUUGGGCACCGGCGGCGCCGUGGCGUGCAAGAGCGCGUGCCUGGCGUUCGGGUCGCCCCAGUACUGCUGCACCGGCACAACAGAUUUCAAGCAAGCGUGCCCACGGGCGUACAGCUACACGUACGACGGCGCCGGCUCCACCUUCACCUGCGCCGGCGGUGACACCACCGGCACCUACGCCAUCACCUUCUGCCCAUCCACGACCAGUGGCAAGCCCUCCACCUCCGCGAGCCGCAGCUCGGAGCCACCGGUGAACGGGAAACUGCCGCUCAUCAACGGCGUCAGCACCGAGCCAUACACCGGCGGCGGCAGACAGGUCGGCGGCGCUGCUUCAGGACCGUGGCGCGUCGUCCUUGCCGUCGCCAUUUUGGGUCUGGUGGCUGCGGUCUUGAGUCUGCUGGCAAAUUGGUUGGGUCUCUUCAAGGCUAUCUACUCCCGCUAA